CAGCACUUGAACCCACAUUCCGCCAUCCUGACGCGAAUUUUCAUGCAAGAAUAAGGUCAGCAAAACCAAAAAGCCAAAACAACCGAAUUCCCAAAUCCUAAAUAAAGCUAAGCAUUCUCCUUCUGGAGUAAACAGUUGUCAAACAAAUUCAUUCCUCAUGGCCCAGCCAGUGUACAAGGUUUGGAAAGGAAGAAACAAAUUCUUACUCAAUGGGAGGCUGGUAUUUGGGCCAGAUGCUAGCUCAUUGAUUGUCACCUUAUUGCUUAUUCUUGUCCCUGUUGUGAUUUUCUGUGCAUUUGUAGCAAGGAAUCUCAUUCAUGAAUUUCCAACAGAGAAUGCAGGAUAUGCAGUGUUUGUGGCGGCAGUUGUAUUCACUGUCUAUGUGUUGCUGCUUCUACUUUUAACCUCAGCAUGUGAUCCUGGCAUUGUGCCUCGUAGCCCUCAUCCUCUAGAGGAUUUGUCUGGCUAUGAUUCUUCUGCUUCUGUUGAAGUUGGUGGGAGACAAAGCUUGCAGUUACCUCGCACCAAAGAGGUCUUUGUUAAUGGUCUGCCUGUGAGAGUCAAAUAUUGUGAAACAUGCAUGAUUUAUCGUCCUCCAAGGUGCUCUCAUUGCUCGGUGUGUGAUAAUUGCGUGGAGAAAUUUGAUCAUCAUUGCCCUUGGGUGGGACAGUGUAUUGGAAAGCGCAACUAUCGUUGCUUCUUUCUCUUCAUAUCUUCCUCGGCACUUUUGUGCAUCUUUGUCUUCUCAAUGUCAGCUUUGUACAUGAAAUUUCUCAUGGAUGGCAAUGGCACUGCUUGGGAGGCUGUGAAACAAUCACCGGCAUCAGUUGUGUUGAUGGCCUAUUGCUUUGUCUUGUUUUGGUUUGUUGGGGGCCUCACAAGCUUCCAUUUAUAUCUCAUAGCCACAAAUCAGACCACGUACGAGUUGUUUCGGUAUAAAGCAGAGAAUAGGAUCAAUGUUUAUGACCGCGGCUGUGCAAACAAUUAUGGCCAAGUAUUCUGCGCGAAAAAUGAAUCUUCGAGAAUUAAUUUUCGUGCAUAUGAAACUGAGGAGGCAUCGAAGCCUCCCAGUGCUUUAAUCCAGGGAUUGCUAGUCGGCGAUACUGAUGAGGGCAGACGAGAGAAGGUAGAAGAUAAUCUUGAGAUGGGUAAUGAUCUUUUGAAGAUAUCCCAAUGUCCUGAUACUGAAGAAGUCACUGAUGUUCGAAGUAGAGCGACUGACAGCCAACCUCAGCAACUUUCUGAAGUUGACUAUGCAUUGGGGUUAGAAUCACAUGUUUCCUCAUCUAAAUUUGAUAGACAUCAUUCUAACAUGCGUAGGAAGAAUGAGAGAAGGUGAAAAACAGGGGAUGAGAAAGGAUUACGAAUCCAAUUCCUUGUCUUCUGAUGGACUUUUGAGCCUUGAAAGCAUGAUUUUCAGCAUAUGUUGGAUGAAGCUGGAUGGGGGAUUUUUGGAUAUUGAUGCGGUCACUUGUACAAAGGAUGGUUAUAGUCUCUUGAAAUGUUCAUUCGAAACAGCAUUCAUCGUCUUAUCAUUCAUCAUAUUCA